AUGGCAGCUCGGGAUGUUUAUGUUUGUUCUCUCCAAUAUCGUCGGGAGCACGAUCCAGAUCACGACCCUACCUCUCCCGGUCCUUUCCACUCUCCAGGCGGUAUCUCCCAGGAUUCCAUGAAAUAUGCUCGUGGGCAAGAAGCUUACAAACUACAGGCAGGGCUUGUCUUCAACACGAUCUUUGCAACGUUGAUACUGGGAGAGCCAUUCACUCGUUACUCUUUCGGCGGCACCGUUCUCGUAUGCGUCGGGGCAGUAUUGAUUGCAAUAUUUGGAGCUAUCGGCGAACCGGCGCAUACUCUGGACCAGCUUCUUGAACUUCUGAGUCGCCCACCGUUCCUUCGAUGGAUAGCGGGAACUGCUGUGAUUGUCGUGGUGACACUCCUCGGCGCCCGUUUGCUGAAAAACGUCUCAACCCCUGGCAGGACCAGUGGCUGGACUCUUUUGAAGCUCUCAAGAUCGCACUCUCCGUAUCACCAUCAUCACCACCACAGCCCACGUUUGAAGACGCUUCGAGGAGUCCUCUUUGGCGCUGUGAGUGGAAUACUUUCUGCGCAUUCACUUCUUGUAGCGAAAACGGCAGUUGAGCUGCUCGUUCGCACCAUUCUCGAUCGAGUGAACCAAUUUAAUCGGUGGCAGUCGUGGAUUAUCCUCCUCGGCCUGGUAGUACUCGCCCUUACCCAGUUAUACUACAUGCACCGCGGCCUCAAGCUCUGUAGCACCAGCAUCCUUUACCCAUUCGUAUUUUGCGUCUAUAACAUUAUCGCCAUUCUGGAUGGAUUGAUAUAUUUCCACCAAGCAUCACGAUUGUCAGGAUUGCAUGCCGGGCUUAUAGCGUUGGGGACGGUCAUUUUGCUCUCGGGUGUUCUUUGUCUCUCGUGGAGAUUGGAAGAAGUCACGACGCAGCCAGAGGCUGGCCCUGCAGCCGCCGCCCUAGUUCCAGGACUCGGCAUUUUGGAAGAACAAGCCACUUCUCCUACAUACACUGAUUUUAUCUACCCAUCCGACGAAGAAUCAUAUCCUGCGGAGCGACAGCCACUACUAUUACAUUCACCGACCCAACAAACCACCCCGUCGCGCCGUUACACGCCCACCUUUUCUCGAAUAUCACCUCAACAGCGGCACAGCAUCAAUAUAACCAACGAAGCAGCCCAGAUAUGGGCCGAACUCCACGACGAGAGCAACAACAUCACCACGCAAGAACAGGACCGCGUCCCAACAUCUCCAACUCCCUUCCACCGUCACCGACAUUCUCAUCACAAAAGCCAACGCAGCAAGAGCAGCGCUGCGCCCUUUCCGCCCAAUGACAUCAGCACACCUCAACCAUCGUCCCCCGUCACCGGAAGAGAGAGAUCCAUAAAGUGGAAAAGCAUAUUCAAAGCAAGUCCAAGCAGUCGCUCCCGCCAACAUCGCAACGGCAACAUGUGGCGUCGUGCAUCCACUCCUGUGGUGGCAGAAGAGAACCACGAGGGUCGGAGGACGAUCAUACAGAGAGAUGUAAGUGCGAAUGCGAGGACGACGGCUCGCACGGAUAUACCAAAUGGAUCUCCGGAGGCGAUACGAGCUUCUCUGGACGAGACACAACAAACCGAGCACGACGAUGGGGAGGAAGUUAUGUCCAAGGAAACGUGGUUUGGUCGGCUAUUUCGUCGGCGCCGAUAA